UGAAAAUCAUCGGGCUUGGAUCUCUGUCUUUUGGGAGGUGUUGCAAUCCUUUGGUUUCAUGCACACCAAAUGGAAAACGUGGAUUUCAGAUUGCAAGUCUGUACUGGAAGCAUCGGCUCCAGCCCGAGUUCUGCAGCUGUUCCAUCUGUGAAGCAUGCCACCAACCAGAUUGUGAUGAACUGUGCUGACAUCGACAUCAUUACAGCCUCCUAUGCGCCAGAAGGAGAUGAAGAGGUACAUGCCACAGGGUUCAACUAUCAAAAUGAGGAUGAGAAGGUUACCCUCUCCUUUCCCAGUACCCUUCAGAAAGGGACGGGAACGCUGAAGAUAGACUUUGUAGGGGAGCUGAAUGACAAAAUGAAAGGCUUUUACCGAAGUAAAUACACAACCCCUACUGGAGACACACGCUAUGCUGCUGUCACUCAGUUUGAGGCUACUGAUGCUCGCAGAGCUUUCCCUUGCUGGGAUGAGCCUGCUAUUAAGGCAACUUUUGAUAUUUCAUUGGUGGUUCCUAAAGACAGAGUAGCUUUGUCAAAUAUGAAUGUCAUUGACCGGAAGCCGUACCCAGAUGAUGAGAACCUGGUGGAAGUCAAGUUUGCUCGCACCCCCAUCAUGUCGACGUAUCUGGUGGCGUUUGUGGUGGGAGAAUAUGACUUUGUAGAGACCAGAUCCCUUGAUGGGGUCUUAGUGCGUGUUUACACUCCUGUGGGCAAAGCUGAGCAAGGAAAGUUUGCAUUAGAGGUUGCUGCUAAAACUCUGCCUUUUUAUAAGGACUACUUCAAUGUUCCUUACCCUCUUCCUAAAAUUGAUCUCAUAGCUAUUGCAGAUUUUGCUGCUGGUGCCAUGGAGAACUGGGGCCUUGUUACUUAUAGGUAUGCUGUUAAAAUACUGUCUUUCCCCUUCUUUGUUCACUCAUUCUUAGCAGUAACUGGAUUAGUUGUAGGGAGCUGGCAUCAUCCCAAAUAAGACCAAAUCAAUACCUUCAGCUCUUGCUUCGGUUUGAAUCGUUGUGACUUCUGCAGCAGCGUGCAUUACUACCCAAACCUUAGGAAGGCAGGAAUGAGCUCUGUAAGCACUGUCCAGGGCUGUGAGGGUUUUUAACUGCCUGGCAGCACUGCCUGUUUGCCAAGAGAACUUUCUUGACUGUUUUGUUUUUUUUUUUUCCCCCCCUCCAAGUCACUGACACAGCUGGAAGGGUUUCUUAUUUUAUGUUGUAGGCAAGUUGGUCAACGUAGCAGCCACAUGAUUAUCAUGUAAAUGAGAGAUACUAACUUGCCUUCCUUUUCAGUUUUUUGUGUUCAUCUGAUCAAGCUUUUUAUACCUUUGCUUGAUACUCCGACGUGACCUGUGCACACUGUUAGACUGAUUCUCCAUUUUGUACACUGGACUCGGAAGCUUUGGACUUCAGUCCUUUCGAAUUUCGUUUGCUAAACUUUGAAUUUGGCCUUUAAAA